UAAAUUGGAUAAAUUUCUGAAAUUCUCAUUGAAUGAAAACCAAGUGCGAACUCGAUCGAUAAGAAUAUAUUCGACGUUAUAUUGUUUAUGUUUUUCCUUCAUUUUACUUCCCUAUUUUUCUUCGCGGAAGGGAGCGGAGAUGAGGAAAGCGCGCGCACGCUCUUAACGCGAGAAUAAAAUAAACGAGACGUCGAAGAGGCGGUCUGUAAAAUAUAUCUUCAGGAUCCCACGCAAUUUGGCGACGACGGAGACAGCGAAAAACGGUCAGCUCUAUCGUCUUCACCAUCAAAACUAGGCGUUCGAUUUUCCUGCGUGAAGCCAGAAGUGUGGUCCAAGUGAACGUGUCGCGUGUUUGUACGAUAUCAUUGAAGAUUUAUCGCUUUGAUAACUAUGAAUGUUAUCAACAUAUGAAUACUGCAUUGGUGAUCGCUUCAAUUAGCGAAAUUGGAAUCGUCUUCGAGUUUAAUCGUAUAAUUAGGACUGUCGCGCAAAUAAUAUACAGGAACUUGUACGUCAUAUUAUAAAAUUUUGUUGAUUUGAUAAGUUCAGAAUUUAAUGAUGUUCGAGCAAUUCGUGAUUUAAAUUUCGUAGAUCUAGAAAUGUACAAACGUGAGUGCGUUCAGCUUAUCUAAGAAGAAUCUAGGUCGUGAUUUUCAUUUUUCGAAGAUGUACAGUAUGCGAUUGUACGCGAAGAAGGAUUUAAUCUCACAGGUACGACACGAUAAAGGAUGAUAGGAGGAACCUGCCAGUGAUAUAUUCGAAGAGAUUUCCCGCAAAGAUGCAUCGGGUCCUUAGCUUCCAAAUGAGUCGCAAUAAUGGCGAAUCCAGCGAAUACGUGACGAAACGAUUGUGUUUCUCGUUUCUCUUCUCGGUUGGUUUUCUGUGUCUCCUCUGCGGCUUCCUGCUAGGCCGCUUCGCCGUUGAAAGAUCACUGGAGGCUCGGGUGCAGAAAACACGCGGUGAAUUGGCUGGAAAUGGUCUUCUGAACUUGGAGCAUCUUCAGCAAUUAGCGUGCCAAGAAUUGGAAAAGGCGUCGUUCAACUACGGUCGCACGACGAAUCAGCAGACGUUAGAUGAAGAUGUACGACACAUCACUGGGCUCUUUUCCAAUUUGUCGUUCGUUCAUAAAGUGUCCAAUCAUGCAUUAUGUAUUUGUGCGACUGUCCGCGGUUCACGGGAACCAGAUAGAUAUGUUAUCUUAUCCGUUAGUGAAGACGGUAUCGCUAUAGCUUUGGAAUUGGCGCGAGUCCUAGAUAGAAUUCAUUCAGCAUACAAUUGGCGACCACGACGAAGCCUGAUCUUUUGCGUGUCCCUUGUGUCUUCGGACGUUUGCCCACAUGCUCUACCUACGUUCGUGUGGCAAAAAGUCGUGGCUUACGCGGAGAUGCACGGUCGUUUCAUGCAAGUUAAUAGUCAUGUAGCUUUGUCUGGAUCGGACAUCAUGCGAUCCAUAGCCAUCGAAGCUAUCAAGACAAUGCCCAGCAAUAGUAACUGGACAUACCUGGAACAUGAAGUGUUCGGUCCCCGCCUUUCUUUGGAUAUUCCGCAAGUGAUAUUUUCUUUCAAUGAUAAUACUCCUGUGCACAGUUAUCACAAUCAAAAUUUCCGACUGCGCGACGUAACUCUGGCGCAAAUGAUUAGCCAAACUAUAUGGCGACUGUCUGAGAGUACAGUUAUUCAAUGGGACCCGAGAUAUUUUAACGAAACUAUUAACAGGAUAUUGGAAUCUAUCGAUACCAACAGGUUUCAAGACGCGAAGGAAAAGCUGAAAAGAACGUUAAGGAUACUGCUCACACACGUGAAGGAUUUCAAUGCAGAAAUUGAUGCGACAGAUAAUAUCCAAAUGCUGCGCGUGAGGAUAUGGAACGAUCUGCUUCUAGAACUGGACAAGACGCUUUUGUGUCCUGACAAAAUCGAUUCGCAUUCCAGAACCGAUCUAGCGACGUUUUACAAGCUAUCGCACGAAUCCAUCGACGAGUCUAUCAUAAUAGCCUAUCUCGAUCAAAUGACGAAAUGUUACGAAGACGCUAUACAAAUUCUGCAGGAAAGAUAGAACGAGGAGGCACUGCGAGAAAAAAGAGGAUUCGAAAGACUUCAGAAAAUAUAUCGAUAUUACAUUGUUGCGAGACAAUGCUUCUUGAUGUGCGACAAUAUAUAUUUUUCGUUGUUUU